AUACACGACUUAUUCAUUAUCUCGGACGUUAGAGCACAAAGACCGGUUUACGGGCGGUGAACCUCGAAAGUUACAAAUAAGCAGGAAUGUCAGUUUAGUAACGAAACUAACGUGGCCUCUCUUUUGAGACACUGGUACAUCAGAAUACAGAUGAAAUGUACCAUGGGAAUGCCCGGAUAUAUUUCAGAAUACAUGUACAAAGCUAGAUACGUGCUACCAAUACUCACUAGACACCACUCACGGGUUUGGACUAUUAAUAACAUUGCACUCGCUACACUAUGGCGCCCUUGAGGUUUCUGACGAUAUGGCUCUUCUUAUUCUUACACCCCUCUGUAAGAUGCAUAGAGGCCACGGCAGCCGUCAGUUUCCAGUUUAUUCAGUUUUUUGCAUCAGUGAAAUCUAGUUUAGACGAAUUCACAUCGCAACUGAGUAUAGAUUUACAAACAAAGUACAGUUUUACGAGUCAACAUAUCAAAAGUGUUCGAAUUUUUUCUUCACCCGGAGGUCGCAUCCAAGUAACUUUUGAUCUUGAUAUAGAUACCAGAAACAGAACGCUAGUGGCACAGAGGGAUAUAUUAGACAGGGAUUUAAUAGCACCAAAUUACGUCUUCGUUUUCACGAAUUCAACGGGAGCUAAUGAAGCCUUUCUGGUAGACGGUAGUUCUGCCUCCGUGACACCAUCAUUCUGGGACGGAUGGCAUCAGUAUGCUCCAGAUAUACUCUAUGCUAUGCUAGUAGGACUGGUUCUAUUCGCUUUGUUCUGUUCCGCCGUUUAUUGUCUGGUCGCCAAACAAAAGAGAGCCAAGAAGAGCAGCGCUGGUCAGGAAAACCGAAUGGCGCCCCCAGCUGGUCACUUGAAUGGAAUCGAGAAUGAAGGCUACGUGGUAGAAAUGACACAAGUUUACAGAGUAAAGAACACAGAAUCAUCCCCUAUUCCUCAGCAUCCAUCGAGCCCGAAAGAGAUAUCCGUCUCUGUAAUCGCACCAACAACUCCGGAAACAACAGAACCUCAGUCACCAAAACUAUCACAGUCUCCACAGCGCUCUUCAUCCGUCCAGUUACAACAACCAACAGAAAGCCAAUUACCUAUCCUAGAUCAUAUUCCUGAGCUCCCAGCACCGAUGAACUCUCGUAGAUCAGUCACAACUUCGGAAAGUCCAACGUUGAAUACUUUCAUGCCCGCGCCGUCUCCUUCCAUUAUGCGUAAGAUUAUCUCAACGUAUAAAUCCAGUCAUCCAACGCCACGAGCAUCUAUUCCAAAGCAAACCCCUUCCUCGUCAUCUUCUCAGCGUUCUCAACAACUCGAUUUAGCGACACUUGAUGUGACCGUGACGCCCACUGAGAGUCCUACAUAUUCUGCCGAAAAGCCACCGACGUUAAAUAGAGUGACAGCCAAGAUGGCGUCAUUGCAAGGGUCCGUACGGUCUAGUAUUCUUGGAUUCUCGACAAGCACGACACCUACAUCAUCAAGACGACCGUCAAUCACUGGACCAUCUAUCUAUGCAAGGUUACUUUAUGCAAGUUACUCGGUUCCACCUAAAAAGAUUUAUGAUUAUAUUUGAGAGAAAAUUAUAAUUCUAUUCACUCAAUGAAAUGUACUGUAUUGUCGAGUGCAAUGACUAUUAAUAUGAGUCUAUUAUUAUGUACUACGUAGUCAACCUUUCCCGAUUGCUUUCAAACAGUUGUAUUCACUAUUCCAUGAUCAGUACUGAACUUUACAAAUUAUAUCCAUGUGCCAUAAUUUAUGGGAGAUAUAUACCAAGGGCUUUAAGAUUUUUAUAACUGUUUUUAGUGCAAGAUUAAUCUAUACUGGUGUUAAAAGGGUUGUCAUGGAGCUAAUCAAGACCAGACAAUGGGUAAGGGUGCAAAGCCAUUGUGUUGCACAAAGCAAUCCUUCUUUCAAUUUGGUGCCUGUAGUUUUGUGCAAAAUUGCAAGUGUGGCAAACGAGGGACGGUGCGGAGAGGUGAAGAAAGCAACUAAGGUGUUAAAUCAUUAUGCCUUGUCAAAAUACACCAUGCACAAGAGAAAAUGAAUGUAGGUUUGAAAAUAUUUUAUCCACCAUAUUAUAAGGAAUCGUUUGGCUGGAUAUUCAGUUUCAAAUGUAAGAUGAUUGAUGUUAUAAAGUCACAUCCCCGUUUGUAGUAAGAGUAUUAAAUUGUAUGAAAAAUAUUUUAUAUUGAAUAAAAGAUGCUGCUUGAAAUAGUA